GUCCCCAAGGCGCGCGCGGAGAGGAGGCGGGCGCGGCGCGGCAUGGUGGCCGCAAGCUCCGCGUGCUGGAGAUCGUGACGCGCGUACGGAGAAGGAGGAGGAGGAGGAGAAAGAGGAAGGCGAAGGGGGGCGGCUUCUCGGAGCUGCGCGCGGGUUGCAGGAGCCCCGGGCUGGGAAGGCGCGCGCGGGGGAGCCAGCCGGUCCGUGCGCUUGGUCCGUCUAGUCCAGGCAGAGGAGGCGGGGCAGGCAUGGCGCAGCGGCAGCAGCAGCAGCAGCAGCAGCAGCAGCAGCAGCCGCCCCGUCCGUGAGGCAGCAGGCAGGCUCUCCUCCGUCCGGAGCUGCUUCUGGCCGCCGACCCGCAGCCGGCGCCCCAGGCGGAGAGCCCUCGCUCGCCUUGCAGCGGAGGCCGGCAGCGCCGGAGCCCUCGUCGUCGGGACUGCCUCCUGCUCCCGGCGCGCGGCUCUCUCGGGCCAUGGGCGACAAAGGCACCAGGGUGUUCAAGAAGGCCAGUCCCAACGGAAAGCUCACGGUCUACCUUGGAAAGCGGGACUUUGUCGACCACAUAGAUGUUGUCGAUCCAGUUGAUGGCGUCGUGCUGGUUGACCCAGAAUACUUAAAAGAAAGGAAAGUGUUUGUCACCCUGACAUGCGCCUUCCGCUAUGGGCGUGAGGAUCUGGACGUCCUGGGCCUGACCUUUCGCAAGGACCUCUUUGUCGCCAACAUCCAGGCCUUCCCGCCUGUCGCUGAGGAGAAGAAGCCUCUGACGCGGCUCCAGGAACGGCUGAUUAAGAAGCUUGGUGAGCAGGCCUACCCUUUUACCUUUGAGAUUCCUCCCAACCUGCCUUGCUCUGUGACACUGCAACCUGGACCUGAGGACACAGGAAAGGCUUGCGGCGUUGACUAUGAGGUCAAAGCUUUCUGUGCAGAGAAUCUAGAGGAGAAAAUCCACAAGAGGAACUCCGUGCGCCUGGUGAUCCGCAAAGUCCAGUAUGCGCCUGAGCGACCAGGACCACAGCCCAUGGCUGAGACCACCAGGCAGUUCCUCAUGUCUGAUAAGCCCCUGCACUUGGAAGCUUCCCUGGACAAAGAGAUUUACUACCACGGGGAACCGAUCAAUGUCAACGUUCAUGUGACAAAUAACACCAACAAGACGGUGAAGAAGAUUAAAAUCUCAGUACGCCAAUACGCAGACAUUUGCCUCUUUAACACAGCCCAGUACAAAUGCCCAGUUGCAGUGGAGGAAGCGGACGACGUGGUGGCUCCAAGCUCGACAUUUUGCAAAGUCUACACGUUGACCCCGUUUCUCGCCAACAACCGGGAGAAGCGCGGGCUCGCCUUAGAUGGGAAACUCAAGCACGAAGACACCAAUCUGGCAUCCAGCACACUGUUGAGAGAUGGUGCCAAUAAGGAGGUCCUGGGCAUUAUUGUCUCGUACAAAGUGAAAGUGAAGCUGGUGGUCUCUCGGGGAGGCGACGUAGCUGUGGAGUUGCCUUUCACCCUAAUGCACCCGAAGCCGAAGGAGGAGCCAUUGCUCAGGGACGUUCCAGAAAGCGAAGCUCCGAUUGACACAAAUCUCAUAGAACUGGACACAAAUGAUGAUGACAUCGUUUUUGAAGACUUUGCCCGCCAGAGACUGAAGGGGGCGAAGGACGAGAAGGAGGAAGAUGAUGAGGAUGGAACGUACUCCCCGCAGCUGAACGACAGAUAAACUGGUUUUUCUUCCCAGCGUCUUGCUUCGUUUUGAAAGUUUUAACACCCAAGCACUAGGCUUCUUAUCUUUUAUAUCAGGUUUUUUUUUCAGGGAGGGGGGUGUAGGGGGUGCAUUGUUCCUUUGUUUUCUAAACCAUGACCAGGAGCCUGCGUGGCUCAGAGAGAUGAAGAGUCCUGUGCUUUUUUAAAAAAAACACCCUGCAAGCCACAGAUUUGCUGACGGGCUCUAAGGAAGAGCAAACACCCAUUUGUGAGCCACGCUUGGGGUCUGUGUGUGUUUAUAAUGUUGUUGUUUGGCCGCGGGGGAGUGGCAUUGCAUGGUAACUGCUCUGCUUUUUGCUUUGGUGUGGAGAGACAGAGAGAGAGAGCAGACAGAGAAAUCCUCCUCCUCUCUUAAUGCUAAGUCACAGGGUCCCCACCCAAAGAAACUGAUGGUUAGUGGCUCAAGGACAGACAAAGCAAAGGCUUCGCUCCUUCAAGCAUUGCUUAAAGUAACCUGUGGAACUCUUUGCCACAAGAUAUGGCAAACUCUUUAAAGGUGAUAGGUCUGUCCAUGGCUAUUAAGGCAGGAGGCGAGGGCUUAGAGAUGCCUGCUGUUGGAGGCUGAAGACGGUGGACUUCGGGCCUGAUCCAGCAGAGUGCUGUGCUCUAUUCCCUCAACUCCAAAGUUUUCCAUCACAAACUUUAUUGCCCAAAGGCCGUUGCUCCAGGGCAUUUCAAGCCUUCAACGCUUUUGAAAUGUUUCGUCUGGCCUUGCAGAGAUGGAGAAUUCUGCCCCCUCCCUGCUCCCUCCCCUCCCAUUUACAUUCUAAACACUGGUUUCACCAGUGGGGGGCUUGAGAGCUAGCACAUUUGGUCAGUUUGCCCAGAUUUACCCUUCAGCCCCCACUCAUAAUUCAAGACCUGCAAAGAUUGUGGCGGGGGGGGGGUUGCUGCUGCUGUUACAACUUACAGCCCUGGGUUCAACCUUUUCCCACUCCAGUGCUUUGCUGUACUCAGCUCUGAGAAGGCAGCUUGGGGUGGAGAGCUUUCCUGCUGCUCAGUUUACAGGUAGAGCCAGUGUGGCAUAGUGGUUAGAGUUUUGGACCUGGGAGACCAGGGUUCGAAUCCCCACAUGGCCAUGAAGCUCACUGGGUGAUCCUGGGCCAGUCACUGCCUCUCCACCUCAGAGGAAGGCAAUGGUAAACCCCUUCUGAAUACCACUUACCAUGAAAUCCUAUUCACAGGGUCGCCAUAAGUCAGAAUCGACUUGAAGGCAGCCAGUUACAUUUUUACUCAGUUUUUACUUGCAGGCAGGUCAACAAGCCAGGCCAUCUCCCCUCCACACACACCCCCAGGUGUUCUAAGGACCAGGGAGGAAAGGAGCUGUCCAUUUAGGUUCUCUGUUUCUCAUUUUUUCCAUCUUAAAUUCAGUUCUCCACAUUUCUGCAGCAAUUUGCAACAAAAAUCCUCAUGAAAAUUCUCCAGCAUUUUAGCGAGAAUUGCUCCUCCUGAAUACAUUUUGGUAUGCAUUCUUGACUAAUGUUCACAUUUUUGCAAGUAAUUUCUGCUAAUGUAAUGCAUUUUUGUAUGUUGUUUUCACUAAUAUAUUCAUUUCUAUACUUUAAUAUAUGCAUUUUUUGCAAACAUUGCUAAGUUGGAGAACCACAUUGCAAAACCCAGAGGCAUGCGAAUUUCAAAGGAUGCCUGUGCCAGUUCUCACGUUUCAGAAAGUGUGGAUUUGAUAGUUUUAAAUGUGAAUUGAAUCAGAUUUCUUUCCUGUCCUAUCUAAACCCUUUAUAAAAUGGGUUUCGUGCCAUUAUUGUUUACCCCAACCUUUAGAAUGCUUGGGAGGGGAAAUUGUGUCCUUGUGCCAUAUCCACAGGAGAAAGGGGGCCAACCUAGGAGCAGGUGCCUCAGUACUGAGUCAGACCCACUGGUCCAUCUAGUUCAGUAUUGUCCACACUGAUCGGCAGCAACUCUUCAGGGUUUCAAGCAGGAGUCUCUCCGAGCCCCACCUGGAGAUGCCGCCAGGGGUUCAACUUGGGACCUUCAAGGCAUGCCACUGAGCUAUGGCCCUCCUCACCUAAGUGAGAGGAAGACUGGCCAAGCUUCAUCAGAGAGACUUGGAAGCAUCACCAAAGGCCUUGCAAGAAAGCCUGAUGCUGAUGAAAAAGGGCCAAUUAGACAGUGUUUUUGUCGGGCCCAGAGAAUCUGGCGCAUUAGUUUACUGCAGGGCAUCUCAACUCACUGUAGGCAGAGAAAUUCCCUGGAAUUCUCCAUUUCCGAUGGGUGCAUGUUGUUCCUGAGCUCCUUUCUGCUGUCCCUGUGCAAGGGGCAGUUGCAGCCGCAGUAGCCGGGGGAAUUGUGUUGGCCUCCAUUUUGCAUCCUCCACAAUGCCACAUAGCAUUCCAGGGCACUGUUUUGGGGGAUGGGGAUUGGCCUAAAAAAAUGCUGAAGAAUAUUCGGAGAAAAUUUUGCAAAAUGCCCUUCUUUUCUUUAAGGGACUGAGAAAAAGAAAAAUCUCAAGACUGUGAGUUGCAUCCCAUGUUAGUCCUCCAGUUUUUUUGUUGUUAUGUGCCUUCAAGUCGACUAUGACUUACGGCGACCCUAUGAAUCAGCGACCUCCAAGAGCAUCUGUCGUGAACUGCCGUGUUCAGAUUUUGUAAGUCCAGAUCUGUGGCUUCCUUUAUGGAAUCAAUCCAUCUCUUGUUUGGCCUUCCUCUUUUUCUACUCCCUUCUGUUUUUCCCAGCAUUAUUGUUUUUUCUAGUGAAUCAUGUCUUCUCAUGAUGUGUCCAAAGUAGGAUAACCUCGGUUUCAUCAUUUUAGCUUCUAGUGACAGUUCUGGUUUAAUUUGUUCUAACACCCAAUUAUUUGUCUUUUUCGCAGUCCGUGGUAUGCACAAAGCUCUCCUCCAACACCACAUUUCAAAUGAGUUGAUUUUCCAUUUCUUGUUUGACAAUUUCUAACUUUGCCUGGUUCAUGCUUCUCACAUUCAAUGUUCCUAUUGUUUGUGUCUCUAGACAGAGUAACGUAUUGAAAUUCUGAGUUAGUCAUGUUCAUUAAUUUCAAUGGGUCUACUCAGAGUAUUUUCUCGCCAAAAUGUCUUCUGAGUCAUUACAACUUGGCUAUACUGGAGACUUCUGCUCCCUGCAAACUUAGCUGUCUGGGAAAGAUUGAUAUACUGCCGAUUCCCUUCCAGAGCAAUUCUGUCACUCAGAAUGAGUCCCUCUUUGCAAGUGGAGGGAUUCCAGUUUGCAGAAGGGAGGGGUUAUUUUGGAGACCUUGACAAUUUGGCGGUGAGUGGGUCACUCCAGCCCAGCUUCUGCAGGUUGUAGGAUACUAGAGGCAUGCAACCAAUAAGGUUGCCAACCGGCAAAGAAAAUCAAGUCCUGGCUGCUCCUGUGUCUUUAGAAGUGGUUUGGCAGGUAAGAAACCUGUUGCUGAAGUGUGGGAUGAAAUCAUAUCGAGCUGCCAUUAAAGGAAACUUCCUCUAGUGUCUGUACAAAUCCUGGCAACCCUCAAUACUCAAGAUAUAUAACACCUCAAGGGAGAGUGUUACCAUUUAAAAGUCCAAGAAAGUAACAAAAAAGUUUCUGAUCAUUUUUUAAAUGAAACACUACAUUUGAAUAUAUUUCCUAUAAAAGUUAGCCUUGUGUGGAUGCCGAUUUGGACAUCUGGAGGCCUUCUACAUUUAAUUUAGAAUGGAUGUACUGAUGAUGGCUAUUUAACUCUUAUGUGAGCUGACAAGGGGUUUUUUUUUUUACUUCUCCCCUCUCUUUUAAGACGCAAAAAAAUAAAUGCUUAAAUGAAAAGCAGCAUAUCAAUACCCAGAAUAAAUAAAUAGUUGCAACAAGGCCAGGAGCAGCAAACCAGAGUUGAGUUUAGGUCUCAAACUGCCUUUGUUCUUAUUCCAUACCAUAGUUGUGUUUCACGUUGAUUUAUUUAGACCUUGGUAGGUCUGUGCUGCAGGGUUUGUUUGGGUCUUGGACUUGUGUAUCGAGCUUUCAGGUUGAGAGGCGGGCAGAGCAGUCCCAGGAGAGUUGUGGGGAGGUGGAGGGAGAGUGUGUGUGUGUGUGUGCGUACGUGUGUGUCGAUAGCAAAGUAAGCCCUUUGCUAACUCUAGCUAACCAAACUGGGCCACGUGGUACAUUUUGUAACGUGAUUCCUUUGUACUGUUACUUAAAAAAAAAAACCCACCUUGGCUCCCUCCACUGCAUCUGUAAUGGUUUCUGUGUUU